AUGCAGGAGGACAGCUCUCGCGCUCACUCAGUCAUGUCGUCGGGAAAAGCAGACGCCAGCACCUCCUGUCUCCCUUCCCAGUGCUUCGACUCCCUGACCAAGUCGUGUGUGAAGUGCCUCGAUUUGUACAGGGACAACACAACAGAGCCUGCCCAUGCAGUGCCCACCUCAACCCCAAUACCUUCAGCAGACGUGCCAGGCACAGUCGUGAUGACCGUGGGCCUUGCAGUUAUGGGGCAACUCCUGCUUCUGGUUGCCAUCUGUGUCUUCCUGGCCUGGAAAGUUCGGAGACAGAGGAGGAAGAGAAARGAGCCAGAUGAGGAGGCCAAAGAAAAAAUGGACAGCGCCGUCGCCUCAUCAAGCGCAGUCCAACAGGACUUCACGGCACUGGCAGCAGAYGAUGACUUUGCUUUGGCCAAGUGCCCACAUGUCAAUGGAGCGGCAAAGGUUCCUGGACCUCCCAGGAAAGAUGCAGAGAAGCAGAGGUUGUGCUGCCAAGGCAAUCCUGGUGGCGAUGUCAUUGUGCUCUCUCCUUUGUCCCCCUGUCUUGAGGAGUGCAACCACUGCUUCCCGCUGCCGGCUACGGAGCUGGGGGCCACUGCCCUGGUCACCACCAAAACCACCCAGAAGACCUGCAUCAAUGAGGAGAUGGCAUGA